AUGGUUGAAAUCAUUGUCACAACGACGUCUGGGCAAGUUCCGAAACCCUCAAAUUUGUUGCAACUGUCUGGAAUAAAGGGUGCAUUUAUUCAUAGAACAUGUCGUGGUUCAGGAGCAGGAGGUGUUAGAAAUUGGCAUUACGAGCGCGUUGAAGAUUGGUUUCGUGAUGGUUUGAGAUUAUCAAGAGGAAUGACUCAUAAAAACGCGCUUGCUGAAUUAUGGUGGGGUGGUGGAAAAGGUGUCAUGGCUUCUAAUUCAGGUGUUGGGUUUGAGUUGAAAGGUUAUUAUGUUACAGCUGAAGAUGUGGGAAUGAAUGGCAA